AUGAUGGACUCGGAUGAAGAUGACAUCUACCCUGAGCACGAUGAGACAAAUGGAAAUCGACAUGCCAGCGAAGUGAAGAUGGAAGACGCCGAAGACGGUGAAGAAGAGGGCGAAGAGGUUGAAGAAGACAGCGACGAUGACGUUGAUUUCAUCAUAGACGUCAAAGAUGAGCCUCAACCAGAACCAGGAUCGCAGACCAAACGCCCUCCGGGACUUGCACAAGCUGCCUCAGAUAUAAGAAAAUCGUCAUCGACCCCGACACCAAUAGUAAAAGGCGGAACGCCUGUUGACACGAGAGGCGGAUCACAACCACCAAAUGACCGUCCUGGCGCAGAUUACCCCGCGAGGCAUACCUCCAAGAUCGAUCUGAAUGGGAAUCCUGUCCAUCCAACCACUGGGAAGCCUAUUCUGUCGACAGAUUUUGAUGCCGAUUUCCCUUCCGAAUCUUCGAAACCUUGGCGGAAGCCUGGAGCCGACAUUACGGACUAUUUCAAUUAUGGAUUUGACGAGUUUACAUGGGCAUCAUAUUGCUUAAAGCAACAGCAGAUGCGGAAAGAGGUUAAGGAAAUCACAGAGCAAGCAGAGCAGAUGAAAGCCUUUGUCGAAGGUAUACCGGGAGGGGGGAUGCCUGGAAUGCCCGGGAUACCUGGCGCACCUGGCGGAGAUAUGUCACAAAUGGCGAUGCCUACUGAAGCCCAGAUGCAGCAAAUGUUCUCAGCAAUGACAUCUCAAGGUCUUGACCCAACAACCAUGGACCCGACUCAAUUCAUGCAAUUUAUGGGGGGGGGAGGGACGGGCAUGAUGGGUCAGCCACAGCCACCUACAGGUCCUGCUGCUUCGUUCGCUGGUGGAGGUGGUGGCGGUAGUGGAUUCGACCAAGGUGGUGCUGCAUUUGGGCGCGGAAGGGGGAAGGGUGGGAGGAGGAAUUGGUAG